AUGUUUGACCCUGAAAUAGUAGAGCAGGACACUGUCAUCGAGAAAGCAAAACGCAUUGUUCAUGAAAUCUCAAAUUCAAGGAGCUCACAGUUAACUAGGAGCAUCAGGCAGAUCCCAAGCCCCUCCACAUGGAAACUACCUGAUCCACAAUGGUGCAAAAUAAAUACAGAUGGAGUAAGAAAAACAAACACAGGUGAAGCCGCCUGCGGAGGUACAUGCCCAGCUCUAGCAGCAGAACUAUGGGGAAUAUUCAAAGGUCCCUGGGAUGCCGGGGAGAAGCUCGAUGCCAUAGAAACGGACAGCAGCGAAGCCGUGAAAUUAUUACAGGAAGAAGACACGGACGGCCGACCACUUACCAUACUACAACAUAUAGCUGAACUACGUGAAAGGGACUGGACAACCACGUUGACUCAUAUCCCACGAGAAAUCAAUGGAGCAAUUGAUGUCAUGGCAACACAGGCAUGGACCCUUCACGAUAAUCUUCAUAGAUUCACGCAAGCACCGAAUACUAUACGGUCUAUUUUAGAAGCAGAUAGGAUUAGCAGUCUAUAUUAG